UCUUGGUCUCUCUGUUUUGUUCGUCUGCUCACUCUUUCAAAAAUCUCUUCUUUUCUUUUUCUCGUUCCCUUCUAAGUUCUUCUUUAAAUCUUUAAUCUCAGCAGGAAGCAAUCUCUCUUGUCUCAAGUUUCUAUUUUCUUAAUCUCCGAGAAAUCUUCAACUCUGUCUUGUCGUCUAGUCACAUUUUGAAUUUUUACACCACCAGCUCUCAUUCUUUUCGAUUCAUAACAAAGGCUGGAGAUUUGGUUUCAGCUUCGUAAUCGCAUGAAUCUACUGAAAUCGAGUAGAUGAUGGCGAAGCGUGGAUAUAAGCUACAAGAGUUUGUGGCACAUUCCGGAAAUGUGAAUUGUCUAAGUAUCGGAAAGAAGACGUCACGGCUCCUUCUAACUGGUGGAGAUGAUUAUAAGGUCAACCUUUGGUCAAUCGGCAAAACCACUUCGCUAAUGAGUCUUUGUGGGCAUACAAGCCCGGUUGAUUCAGUAGCUUUUAACUCGGGAGAAAUUUUGGUGCUCGGUGGAGCUUCUUCAGGUGUGAUAAAGCUGUGGGAUCUAGAAGAAGCAAAGAUGGUUAGAGCUUUUACUGGACACAGAUCCAAUUGUUCUGCUGUUGAGUUUCAUCCAUUUGGUGAAUUUCUUGCAUCGGGAUCUAGUGACACAAAUCUAAGGGUUUGGGAUACUAGAAAGAAGGGAUGCAUCCAAACAUACAAGGGUCAUACUUGCGGUAUUAGCACUAUCAGAUUUAGUCCUGAUGGUCGUUGGGUAGUGUCUGGAGGACUUGACAACGUUGUAAAGGUAUGGGAUUUGACUGCUGGAAAGCUCUUGCACGAGUUUAAGUUUCAUGAAGGACCUAUCCGUUCCCUAGACUUCCAUCCGCUUGAGUUUCUCCUAGCCACAGGUUCUGCUGACAGAACUGUGAAAUUCUGGGAUUUGGAAACGUUUGAACUGAUUGGAUCUACUAGACCAGAGGCUGCUGGAGUUCGUGCAAUCGCUUUUCAUCCAGAUGGUCAAACCCUUUUCUGUGGAUUGGAUGAUGGCUUGAAGGUUUAUUCAUGGGAACCAGUGAUUUGCCGGGAUGGUGUUGAUAUGGGAUGGUCAACCCUUGGUGACUUCUGCAUCAACGAAGGAAAGUUCAUUGGUUGUUCAUAUUACCGAAAUUCUGUUGGGAUAUGGGUUUCAGAUAUAUCGGAACUUGAGCCAUAUGGAGCAGUAUCUGAGGAUAAGAAUGAAUGCAUGCUGAAAAGAUUCAGUGUCUUCAAUGAUCAGUCUGAGAGAAUGGGAAGUGGCCCAAGGGGCAGUGUAUCCCCAGAUUAUGAGACAAAAGAGAUAAAGAACAUAUACGUUGACUCCACAGGUGGAAAUUCGAAUGUAGCGCAAAAUCCAGGAUCUCUGAAAGCGACAUUGCCUUUGGAAUCAGGAAAAGUAGCUACUAUGGCGAGCGAGAAGCAGAAUGCAACAUAUUUUGGACAAGCAGGAGAUAAGUAUUCUAGUAUGCAUACUGUUGCAUCGCGGGAUAGUGAUAGUGGAGAGGAAUCUUCUUAUUCAGAAAGGGAAUCUAUCACUUUCUCAAGAACUAAAUCGGGUAUGUUGCUAAGACCAGCUCAUGUAAGAAAGACGCUAGCAAAGUUUGAAGAAUCAAAACAGUCAGCGGUUGUUCAAUCUGCAACUCGGAAGAAAAGCGGAUUGGCUGUUGAGGAGGAACCACAAACUCAAAAUGUACUUCUUUCAGAACAGAAUGGUAGUAAACCUUUUGAUGCUGAAGAUUCUACCAUCAAGGGUAUUACAGACAAGUUUGAAAAAGGUUUAUCAUCGGAACCACCGACUGAUGAAACGAAUCGUAUGUUCCUUAAACCACCUCGUGUCCAUAGGUCAUCAAAUAGCAAGUACAAUGACUUAAAAAGAGUAAUGUCCGCUGAUUCUGCAACUUUUGACAAAGGUGGGAUGGAGUACUCAGGAGAGGUAGAGGAUAUUUGCAGCAAAACUGAAAGAGUUCUUUCACCAGAAAAACCUGGUGAUGAACAGAAAAACACUGAAUACCCUAGCAGCAGCAGAGAAUCGAACCCUGUGAAGAUUGUUAAAGGAGUAAAUGUUGUCUCGGGGAGGACACGCUCGUUAGUUGAGAAGUUUGAGAGAGGAGAAAAAAUUACUCAUACCGAAGCAGCCAGUACAACAAUAACUCAGAACACUAAUGCAGUGCUGGAAGAUCCGCGUAAGACAUCAAGACAGACAGGUGAAACUCCUGUCAUAUCAACACGACGAGCUAGGAGUACCCCAGCCAGAGUGAUGCCUAUUGUUCUCAAUCGGGAUAGUAACAUGACAUCUGAUGAGCCUCUUUUAACACAACCAGCUAGGACUUCAGUUCCAGUGAUGCCUGUGAUACUCAGUCAAGCUACUAAUGUCACAUAUGAUGAGCCUCGUUUAACACAAGAAUCUAGAACUUCUCCAUCCCGUAUAUUGCCUGUGACAUUCAAUCAGGCGACAAAUAUUACAUCUGAGGAGGCUUCUGUAACAUCAAGGCGACCACGCAGGAAUUCUGCAGCACGAGUAAGGCCUGUGUCACUCAGUCAGGCAGACAUGACAUCUCAUGAGUGCCCAGUAACAUCAGUACGUCCAGCUAGGACUUCUCCUGCACGUGUAAUGCCCACGAAACUAAAUCAAUCUGUUAACAUGACAUCUGAUACAUCUCAUAUAGCAUCCAGGCACCGCGUUAGUCCAACACAAAUGUUGACUACACCCACUGUCAUUGAUCAAGUGGCUGAUAUGACAUUGGAUGAGACACAUGCAACACAAAUUCAACCAGCUUGUGAUAACUUGCCCCAGAAGGAAGAGCCGAAUAUAUCUGAGAGGGAAAAUGAUAGUGACAUCACUGAAAAUCUUAUGCUAACUCAUAACAAGUUCUUAACCACUCUUCAAUCGAGGUUGACAAAGUUACAAAUUGUAAGACAUUUUUGGGAGCGUAGCGAUGUUAAAGGCGCGAUCGGGGCAUUGAGAAAGCUGACAGAUCAGUCUGUUCAAGCAGAUGUGAUCAGUAUUCUAACCGAUAAAAUAGAGAUUCUCACAUUGGAUAUGUUUUCUCAGUUGGUCCCUGUCCUCACAAGCUUAUUGGGUAGCAGGACAGAGAGGCCGGUAAAUGUCUCCUUGGAUAUGCUCUUGAAGCUUGUAGCAGUGUUCGGUACAGUUAUACGGUCAACUGUCUCAGCUCCACGGAUUGUCGGUGUUGAUCUUCAUGCAGAUGAAAGGCUAGAAAUUUGCCAAAUUUGUUCAGCGGGAUUGCACAAGAUUCAAAGGAUUCUUCCAGUUCUCGCAAGAAGAGGCGGUCUAAUAACAAGAAAGGCUCAAGAACUAAACCUAGUUCUUCAAGAACCAUAGCCACAGGCAAAAUCAACAAUUGAUCAUAUAUGCGGUCCGCAAGUUGUUGUGCUGUAUAUUGCAAAGAAGUCUGUGUCUCUAGAGUCCAAUCUCACUGAGGUUUAUAUAUAUAUAUAUAUGUAGAUUCAUCUAGCAGAGUCUUUUGCUGUGGGAUCGAACUAUAUAAUCCCCAGAAGAAAUACUCGGAAAUUAAUGGUUGUUGUAAAUCAUUUUUUUGGCUGAGUAGCUUCAAUUCUUGAUUUGUUGUUGUUGUUCCGUGGAACUGCGACUCAUAUUGAUUUAAUUAUAAGUUUAAUUCCUAA